CGACAAAGGCAGGUUCAGAUCCACGUGACAUUUUUAAGCCAUUUGACUGUAUUUGCAAUGUGGUCAUAGUUCUUUACUAUAUGGACGUAAUUAUUAAACAAAUAUUUUAGGAAGGUACAAUCUUAGCUUUGUAAAUCUCAUAACGGAGGGGGGUAAGUUCUCUCAACAGAGAACAGGCUAAGCAAUCUUUAGGCAUACAUUGGGUAUUAGAGAUGUUCUUUUUCCUCAGGCAUGCAUUCGUCAUAUCACUUCUAGCUUUGAGUUGCUUGGAGACAGAAAGAUUGGCUGCUGCUGGGCUUCCUCAAGAUGAGGUGGAUGCUUUAAACCUGAUUACCAAAAAGUUGGGGGCCAACGGCUGGAAUUUCAAUGCUGAUUCUUGUGGAGAAUAUCUUCCUCGAGUCCGGCCAACAGAUCCAGAGAGGAACAUUAGUUGUAACUGCAGAACCGAGAACGACACCUGCCAUAUUGUUUCCCUGAAGUUCAAGCGUUUUAGUCUUGCAGGAGAACUUCCACCUGAACUCAUUCAGCUUCCUUAUCUUGAAAGCAUUGAUCUUGCUUACAAUUACCUUAAUGGGUCUAUACCAAGUGAAUGGGCUUCAUUGCAGCUGAAAUCGAUUGCUCUUCUUGCAAAUAGAUUAACAGGGAAUAUUCCAAGCUAUCUGGGGAACUUUACCAGUCUAACAUACUUGGACCUUGAGUUAAAUCAGUUUUCUGGAAUGAUCCCGCACGAGCUUGGGAAGUUAGUUAACCUUGAAACUUUGAUUCUAUCCUCCAAUAAACUGGACGGAAAUUUGCCUAUGGAACUCAGUAAGCUGAGAAACCUGGCUGAUUUUCGGAUAAAUGAGAACAACUUUAACGGGAGUAUACCAGAUUUUGUAGAAAACUGGAAGCAACUUAAAAGACUAGAAAUGGUAGCUAGCGGACUGGAAGGACCCAUUCCAUCCUCCAUCUCUGCUUUGGAAACAUUAACAGACUUGAGGAUCGCCGAUAUAACCAGCACAGAUCAGUCAUUUCCUGAUCUUAGUAACAUAACAGGCCUCACAAGACUGUUGUUGAGGGGUUGCAAUAUAUCAGGAGAAAUUCCUUUAUACAUAUGGGAAAUGAGUAAACUGCGAAUUCUGGAUCUCAGUUUCAACAAGUUACGCGGGAAGCUUCCCAAUGCCAUAACCACAGAGACACUCGUAUUUAUCUUUCUAAGUGGAAACCUUCUCACCGGAAAUAUACCAAUGUUUAGAAAAGGAAUGACAGUAGAUCUUUCCUAUAAUAAUUUCUCAGAACAAAGCACUAGGCAACCCACUUGUCAGCAGAGAAAGGAUGUAACUCUAAACCUGUUCCGAAGUUCUUCAAUGGGAAAUGACUUAGGAGGAGCAUGCAUGGAUGAUCUCAAAUGUGAUAAGUACUGGCACUCGUUGUACAUAAAUUGUGGAGGACAAAAUGUUCAAAUAAAUGGCAGCACAUAUGAAGGAGAUGCAGCAGUUAGCGGUGGUGCUGGCUUAUUCUAUCAGAGUGCGGAUGAAUGGGGACUUAGCAGCACUGGAGACUUCAUGGAUGACAACGAUUUCCAAAACAGAGCUUACACUGAAAAUGUGCCAUCAUUAGAUAUUAAUGAAUUGUACCAAACAGCACGCAUUUCUCCUAUUUCACUUACUUAUUAUCGUCGUUGUUUGGAAAAUGGGAAUUACACUGUGAGUCUACACUUUGCUGAGAUCAGAUUCACAAACGAUAAUACAUUCAACAGCCUUGGAAGACGGUUAUUUGAUAUCUAUAUUCAGAAUAAUCUAGUUGAGAAGGAUUUCAAUAUAGAAGUUCAGGCUGCUGGGUUUGCCAAGCCAGUCACAGAAAUACACAAUGCUACUGUCACAAAUAAUAUCUUGGAGAUCCGCCUAUUUUGGGCUGGUAAAGGGACUAGAAGAAUUCCUGUUAGUGGAGUCUACGGUCCCCUCAUAUCAGCUAUUUCUGUUGAUCCUAACUUCAAACCACGUUUUUCAAGAGGGGAGAAGACAAAAACUGAGCCAAUAAUUGUUGGAGUUGUAGUAGGCUUUUGUCUAAUAUUCUCAGUACUAGCUAUCUUUUGGUGGAGAUGCUGUUUCGGAAUAAAUAAAAAAAGACAAAAAGGUCUUGAAGGAAUAGAAAUCCAAACAGUUUCUUUUACUUUGAAGCAAAUUAAAGCUGCCACAGACAAUUUUGAUCCUGCAAACAAAAUUGGAGAAGGUGGAUUUGGACCAGUUUACAAGGGCUUGUUACCUGAUGGUACUGUGAUUGCUGUGAAGCAGCUGUCUUCUAAGUCAAGUCAGGGAAAUCGUGAAUUUUUGAAUGAGAUCGGUGUGAUUUCAUGCAUGCAGCACCCUCAUCUUGUAAAACUUCAUGGUUGUUGUAUUGAAGGAGAUCAACUAUUGUUAGUAUAUGAAUACAUGGAAAACAACAGCCUUUCCCGAGCAUUGUUUGGUCCAAAACAUCAGCUACAUUUGGACUGGAAAACAAGGCAGAAGAUAUGCGUCGGAAUUGCCAAAGGUUUAGCUUUUCUACAUGAAGAAUCAAGGCUUAAGAUUGUUCAUAGAGACAUCAAAGUCACCAAUGUUCUCCUUGAUAAGGAUCUCAAUCCUAAAAUAUCUGAUUUUGGGCUGGCUAAACUUGAUGAACGAGAUAAAACUUUCAUCAGCACCAGAGUUGCUGGAACUGUAGGAUAUAUGGCACCAGAAUAUGCAUUAUGGGGUCGUUUGACAUAUAAAGCAGAUGUAUACAGUUUUGGAAUUGUGGCACUGGAGAUUCUGAGUGGGAAGAAUAACAUGAGUUGUGGGCCAGAGAAUCAAUACUCUUGUCUUCUAGACUGGGCUUGCCAUUUAGAACGAAAUGGAAACCUAAUUGAGCUAGUGGACCGGAAGCUGGGAUCUGAAUUCAACAAAGUAGAAGCACAAAGGAUGAUUAAGGUAGCUCUCUUGUGCACAAAUGCUUCACCAUUACUAAGGCCAAUCAUGUCUGAAGUUGUUAGCAUGCUCGAAGGAACUAGGAUCAUACCUGAAGUGAUCCCUGAACCAAUUAGUGAAGAUUUAAGGUUCAAGGCCAUACGAGGGCAACAGGAACAGACGAGGAGUCUGCGUGAGAAAGGCAAUCAGACCAUCUUAGACAGAUACGCUAACAGUAGUUCCUACGUGUGUACUGAUGAUGAUCUAUGGGAAACCGAUACUGAGUCAAAUGUGAGGUCUAACUCUAACACGAGGAGCAAACAGCAUGAAAGCCCCGGUGAGGUUUCAACUUCAGUCCUGCCAGUAACAGCCUCUUCCUCGACUUCUGUUCAGGAUCUUUUUGACAUCGAUAUAAAUUCCUGACAAGGUACCUUGUGUUUUCCACGACAACAGAAUCGGGUAGUGUGAUGUUUAUAGGCCUUCUUCACUGGUGUAAAAA